CACGGCUCACGCAUCCCGUCGCCAUAAAAAUAGCCCGUUGCACUCCGAAAACAGCAACAGUGACUGCUUUUCACGGCGACUGGAAAGUGAGACACAUCGUCGUGUACAAGAAUGGGACGAAAGAAGAUCAAUAUUGCGAAGAUAACCGACGAGCGCAAUCGUCAGGUGACUUUUACAAAACGAAAGUUUGGUUUGAUGAAGAAAGCAUACGAGCUGAGCGUACUGUGUGACUGCGAAAUCGCUCUCAUAAUCUUCAACUCAACCAGCAAGCUUUUCCAAUAUGCAAGUACAGAUAUGGACAAGAUACUACUCAAGUACACCGAAUACAACGAGCCGCACGAAAGCAAGACCAACGAAGACAUCAUCGAGACGAUUAUGAAACGAGAACACAAAAGCUCAGGCUCGCCCGAUGAAGACCACAUGCCGGGUGAUUUCAUGUUGACUCCGACCACCGAAGAUAAGUUUAAUCGUAUUGAUGCUGAAUUUAGCGAGAUGCUCCAACGAAAUCAACAGCAACCAUCUCAGACACCUCACACCAUGCCCAUCACGAAUCCCGUUGCACAGUCAGAUCAGCGGCACCUCAUAAAGCCUCAGAUUACUGUCAGUACGACUGAUGAGGGCAAUGGUGGAUUUCACUCGAAAGAACUGAUGCCGCCGCCUUCUCAUCCACUUAGAAGUCCUCAUGCUAGUCCUCGACCACCCUCUCAUCCUCAACCAACGCCUAGUCCACAUCCUCACAGUCCCUACGUGCAACAGCCUCCUUCUCCGUUUCAGUCUGUCGUCAGUCCUCACCUGCAAUCAAGUGGCGGCGGGUCGUGCAUGCAAAGUCCAAGCGUGUCUACUGAUUACAGUCAAUCGCUGUCUGAUUCUUCCAUGAUGUCGGGAGGUAUAAGCUCUGGUGCUCCUACCGAAGGUGUAAACGCUGCGAGGCUGAUGGCGAGGUAUCCAAUGACGGGCCAUGGGAGCAUCAGCGGUGGCAUUGCUCGAAGGAUGUAUGGCAAUGGUGGAUCGCUCACCGCCGAUUUCACCGACAUGUUAACAACAGCAUAUCGAGGAGCAAGACAGAGCGGCGCAUCUCGACCGAUGCAGUCUCUAUCAGCACCACCAACAGAAAGUAGCAUGUUCUACCAAGAUUACGGUUUCAACCAGCACUUUUUGGAUCCUGCCAUGGCCAAUUAUUCGAUGAUGAAUAAGCCAAACCUAAAGGUUGUCAUUCCACAAAAUCGAGGCAACAUGGCACAAAUGCUUCAAGGUAUGAGCGGUUUCGACACUCCUGCACACUUGGAGGCUCUCGGCGCACUCAACACUCCUGUCAUGUCUCUUGCAACGCCAAACCUUCCUACGGGGCUACCGUUUCAAUCAGGUAUUCAAUCAGGACUUGGUUCUGGGGCAGAUUUUUCUCUCCCUGGUGGAGAUCUACCUACAGUGGGAACGAGUCAGUCGGGUUCGUAUGCACAGAGUGGAUGGAGAAGCCAUAAUGAACUAUCGGCUGCUUUACCGAUACAUGAGAAUGCGGUCCAGAUAUCUUCUACUUCGGGAAUGCCUGUCAAAAGUGAAGGAACGGUUGAUGAAAGUGUCUCUACAGACAAUAUGUACGGUUCUCAAACCCUUGCGGGUCUGGACAUCGGCCAGAUAGACAACCAGGCUGCCAAGCGUCCUAGACUGACUUGAUUGUUUCGAAAAUUUGGUGAGAAGUUGAGAGUUUGUGGACUUUAGUGUAUCUAGUUCUUUCUUAACAUGGGAUGAUGUAUGUCCAUCAUAAAUAGAUUGAGUGUCCCCUACCACCAAUUUUACAUAUGAAACAUAAGCAGGUGGUGGUUAUAGAUGAGAUAGAGGUGGACAGGUUAGAUCGAAAUGACUACUAUGUAAACAACUGCUGUGACUUUGGAGUCUUCACAGAACAGAGAAGUAUACAAUAAUUUUACAUAA